AUGGGUCACCAGCAGCUCUACUGGAGCCACCCUCACAAAUUUGGCCAGGGGUCUCAAUUGUGCCACGUGUGUUCAAAUGGGCAUGGCCUGAUCCCCAAGUACAGCCUAAACAUGUGCCGCCAGUGCUUCCGUCAGUAUGUGAAAGAUAUCGGCUACAUCAAGUUGGACUAA